AUGCCGCAGUCGCCAGAGUCUGUGAAAAUCGCCAUCGACCUAGGGGCGAGCUCGACACGGCUUGGCGAUGCUUGCCGGCCGAUGCCACAGAAGGUGCUGCCUGUGACAGCAUUGAGCUACCAUCACGAAGCUCAGCAUGCUGGGUCUACGCUGGAGCCGGAAGUCUUCGAGGACAUCCUUGCGGAGGUUUCCAGCUUCGCAGGCGACUUUCAGUCUUCCAGGCCCGCACUGUUGAUCUCAACGCCCAAUGCGGCGUCAGUCUCGUUUCGGCAGGCCCUUGCCGAACUCGCUUUGGAGAAGGGUGCGAGCGGCGUGUCCCUGCUGCCCUCAGCCCUGGCCGCAACUAUCGCGUCGGGGCGCUCUGACAGCCUCGUGGUCGACCUGGGCGCAGGUCUGACUUCGGUGGCAUCAGUCGCGCGCUGCGAACUGCGAAAGGCUUCGCUGCAAGAGCAUCCCUAUGCUGGCAAUGCCUUGGAUGAACAGGUGCUGCAUGCGCUGCGGCACCAGGGGGUCCACUUGAAGAACGACCCACGAAGCGACCACGACAGGAAGCGGCAGAAACUUGGCGGGCGCCUGCCAUUCUCUGCCCUUCGCCUGGCGGAGGACCUGAAAGAAACGGUCUGCUUUUGCGCCCAUGUGCCCCUGGCAAGCCUGCCCCCCGACGAGCCCUACCGGCACACGCUGCCAGACGGUCAGGUGAUUGAAGUGACCUCCUUUUCGCGUCAGGUCCCUGAGACUCUCCUUCUGGGUGCACCAAGCCUGGACGCCGCAGCGGCGGAGCCAACGCCCCCGUUUCCCGGAGUUCCUGCGCUCGUGUCGGAGGCCCUGCGCCACGAGUCGGCGACCGGCACCAGCGAGGUGCUUCUGGUCGGCGGAUCCUCUCGCUUCGUGAACUUUAGGGACCGUCUCCAAGCGGCGCUCACAGCAAGCGGCAUCACCAAAGUGAAUGUGCUGCCGCAGCGUUAUGCCAGCUGGCUGGGCUUGUCUGUCGCUGCAAGCCUGGGCAAGCCCUUAGUGAGGUACCACACCAAAGCAGAGCUGGAAGAGUUCGGCGAACUGCGUUUCACAUCGUAG